CUCAGUCCCUGCAUUUGGGAUUAUCCGUUGGGAAGGACGGAACUGGGAUUGUUCUCCUGCAGAUCCUGUGGAUCCGCUCACCUCUGGAGUGAGAUCUGCUCUGCCCCCGGUCUUAUUAUCUCACCUCCUUUCUACGGUUAUCUCUGGCAACCAUCUCGCUGGCGGCUCUCUCUGUGCUUUCAGGAGGGAUCAGGAGGAGAACUUUAACUAUUGGAUGCCCACAUCAGACCACCCUGCCGCUCCCACCAGCACUCCCGGCACCUCCUGAGAUGAACAAGCUGCGGCAGAGCCUACGGAGGAAAAAGCCAACGUAUGUCCCAGAGGCCAGCCGACCCCACCAGUGGGGGGCAGACGAGGAGGCCGUGAGGAGGGGGAAAUGCAGCUUCCCUGUCAGGUACCUGGGGCACGUGGAGGUGGAGGAGUCGCGGGGCAUGCACGUAUGUGAAGAUGCUGUGAAGAAGCUGAAGCUGCUCGGUAAGAAGUCAGUAAAAGCCAUUUUGUGGGUUUCCGCUGAUGGACUGCGAGUUGUGGACGAUAAGACAAAGGAUCUCAUAGUGGACCAAACCAUUGAAAAGGUUUCAUUCUGUGCACCAGACCGCAACUUUGACAAGGCUUUCUCCUAUAUAUGUCGAGACGGAACUACCCGACGCUGGAUAUGUCAUUGCUUUAUGGCCUUGAAAGAUUCGGGGGAGCGCCUGAGUCAUGCUGUGGGCUGUGCGUUUGCUGCCUGCCUUGAGCGAAAGCAGAAGCGAGAAAAGGAGUGCGGAGUCACUGCAUCCUUCGAUGCCAGCCGUACCAGCUUUGCCCGCGAGGGAUCCUUCCGCGUCACCUCGGGAUCCCAGCAAACGGAGCGCGAAGAUGCGAUGAAGCAGGCACAGGAUAAGAAGAAAGGUGAAGCAGCUCAGACCCAGCCUGUGAAUGCGCCACCCAACCCGGUGCUGCCAGUCCCGCCGGAGAGUUCUUCUCCACUACAAGGUCACUCAGGUCCGGCAGAGAAGGGGGACACUAGCGGCCAGCAUGCCAUCCCCCGCAGACACGCUCCCCUGGAACAGCUUGUGAGACAGGGAUCUUUUCGAGGGUUCCCAGCUCUGAGCCAGAAGAACUCGCCCUUCAAGAGGCAGCUGUCGCUGAGACUCAACGAGCUCCCGUCCACCUUACAGCGCAAAACCAACUUCCAGGACAAGAGCCAAGUCACAGAAAUGGAUCCUGCAGGACCCCCGGAUCCAGAUGGAAUUACCGAUCUUUGCAACCAGAUCAAUAACUCCUUCACUAACAUACCACCGGAAGACCCCUUUAUCAAUGGCAAUGGAACUAUGACCCCUCCUAAUGUGGCACCACGGCAGACGGCACAGAACGUCCCUGGAUGGACAGAUCAAGCAAUGACCACCCCAGCCCCUUCUAACUUUCAGAUGGGUCAUCGCCGAACACCAUCUGAGGCUGAGCGAUGGCUGGAAGAGGUAGCGAAAGCAGCCAAAGCCCAACAGCAACAGCAGCAGCAGCAACAAGAGCCCAUACCUCAACCUAUGGUGGCUGUGCCCAUGGCAGUACCAGCUGCUGUGCAGGCCUAUCCUGUCUCAUACGAUGCCACUCCUGCUCCCGUUAGCAUGUUUAUUGCUCCUCAUAUGCAGGCUGCCUAUGUACCUGUAGGUAGUUAUACUCCAUCUAUGGCCAACAGCAUGUCCUACCCUGCUCCCAGUGUGCCUGUGGUGGGUAUUACGCCGUCUCAGAUGGUGGCCAAUGUUUUUUGUUCUGCCACCCAAGUCCCAUCCUCCAACCUGGCAUGUAAAACCAACCCAUUCCCACAAAACAUUCUUUACUCUUCAACCACAAGCAUCCAGAACCCUGCCUCUUCCCAGCCACCUCUCUCAUCAGGACCAAAGUCAAACGGCACAGCCAAUGGUACAUGGCCUCCAGAUCCCAGCCAGCUUAGAUUGGCCUCCACAGCACAGGAGGUGGACCAGUUUGAAGCUCAGUGGGCAGCACUCGAGUCCAAGUCUCAGCAACGUAUGGCCAACCCUUUCUCCAAUGAACUUCAAAAAACUUUCCAGAUAGAAUUGUAGCCAAGAUGGCACCAAGUCUACGUAAACUGUGUUCAGGAUGA